AUGAGCAUAUCAUCUGGGAAAUUUGAUUAUUCUGCUCGCUUCUAUGCCACUAGAACUUCAAAAUUAGGUAAAAAUGAAAUUCAUAUCUAUCCUUUACAACAUAAUCAAAAAAAUCAAUUAAUUUCAUCAAGUUCAUUAAUAUCAUCAUUUGAAAUUGAAUAUGAAGAAAAUUUUGUUUCAUUUGAUUGGAUACAGCAAGAGGAAUCUGCUAAAUCCAAUAAGAGAUCUAAAAGACGACACUCAUUGAAUGGUUCGAAUCAUGAAUCAUCAAAUACAUCAAGUUAUUUAGCUGCUUCAUUUAAACAAGGUAAAAUAUUAAUAUAUUCACCUUUCAAAAAAGAAGUUAUUAAUGAAUUUAAUAUUGAACAUAAGAAUGAAAUAACUGCAUUAACAUCAUCAUUAUCAAAUGGAUUUUGGGUUGCCUGUGGGAAUGAAAUUUUGGAAUAUACAUUAAAUGAUUCAAAACCUAAAAAUCAAAUAAUUUUACCAAAAUCAAUUAGAGAAAUUACAAGUUUAAACUUUGUUCAUAUUAAUGGUCAAAAUUAUAUGUUGAUUGGUGGUAAUAAGUUAAUCAUCUAUGAUUUACAAAAUGAUAAAGUUUUAAAAGAAUUUACCGCUUCAAAGGGUAAAAAUAAUAGUAUAAAUUCAAUUACAAUUAUUGAUGAAAUUAUUGCAAUUUCAAGAUCAAAUUCUUCGGUUAUUCAAUUAUAUUCAUUAAAAGAUAAAAAAGAAUUGGGAUCAAUUAAAACAUCAUCAAAUAUUUCUAGUUUAAAAAAAAUUGGAUCUUCAAGUCUGGGGUUAAUUAAUAAUAAUGGUGUUAUUGAAAUCUAUAAUGAUUUAAAGGCUUCAAAACCAUCCUUCAGUAUUAAAUCAAAUCAUGAAGAAAUUGGAUUCACAGAAAUCAUCUCAAAUCAAGAUGAAUUAUACAUUUCAUGGUUUGAUUUUGAGCCAAAAUUCAAAUCAAUCAAAAUUAAUAAUCAACAAGAUGAUAUAAUUAUUGAUGUUGAACAUACAGUUAAAAAUAUAAAUAAAGGUAAAAAAACUAUUGAAAUUGAAGAUUUCCAAAAUUUAAAAGCUGAUCCUCAACUUGAAGUACGAGAAAUUGAAUUAGCACCAGCCAUUGAAAAGCAACUAAAACAACAAGAAGAACCAUUGACUUUAUUAUUAUCAAACCCAGAUUUAAAUAAAAUUAAAUUUGCAUCAUCUGAGUUAUCACCAGAACAUGCAGUGGAAUUAUUCAAAAUUUUGAAAGAAAGAGUUGAACUAAAUCCAAGUGAAUCUGUUGUUUUCAAUAAUUGGACAAAAUGGUUAUUAUUAUUACAUACUGAUUCAAUCAAUUCAUCUGUAAAUAUCAAGACAUUAACACCUGCAAUUUCCAAGAGUUUAAAACAAUUACCAGAUUUAUUAAGUCUUCAAGGUAGAUUAGAAAUGUUACAAUCACAAAUUAAAUUAAGAUCUCAAUUAUCAAGUGCUGAAGAAGCUCCAUCAGUUGGUAAAAACUUAAUUGAACAAGCUGAAGAAAGUAUUGUUUAUGUCAAUGGUGAAAAUGAUGAAGCUGAUGAUGAAGUUAUUGCAGCUGGUGGUGAAUCAAUUGAUGAAGAUGAUAGUGAAGAUGAACAAGAUGAAGAUGAUGGGGAAGAAGAAGAGGGAGAAGAAGAAGAUACCGAUGAUAAAUAA